UUUGACAUCGCCCAAAAUUUGAGCGUAGCGUCGGUGGUCAAAUCCAAACCCUACAGAGGCUCCAUUCGCCAUCGGAGCUCCUUUCUAUCUCCUGCCCAGCUGUCGAAUUCUCUUCCUGGUUGCGCGGAGGAGGACGGGGGGCUGGGUGGCGGCGGAAGGAGGAUGGUCUCGAGCGCGGAGCCGAGCAGCAGCGGCUCCGGGACGCCUUCCGGCCGCGCUCGCGGGCUGGUCCUCAAGGCGCUGCUUUUGCUGGGCGGUGCCCUUUUACUGAAGCGGAUGAGGAAGUCCGCCACCCGAUGGGACCACGCCCGCGCCGUUACGAAUUCCCUCGUCGGGGAGAAGUUUUCUCGGGAGCAGGCUCGCAGAGAUCCUGACGAUUACUUCAAUAUAAGAAUGGUUACAUGUCCAGCGACAGAGAUGGUAGAUUCAUCAAGGGUUUUGUACUUUGAGCAGGCAUUUUGGAGGACUCCUCAGAAACCUUUUCGACAAAGAUUUUAUAUGGUGAAGCCUUGUCCAAAGGAGAUGAAAUGUGAUGUUGAGUUGAGUUCGUAUGCUAUAAGAGAUGUGGAGGAGUACAAAAACUUUUGUGACCGUCCAAAGGGUCAAAGGCCACAGCCUGAGGAGGUUAUUGGGGAUAUUGCAGAACAUCUGACAACCAUUCACCUCUCACGUUGUGAACGUGGAAAGCGUUGCCUCUAUGAGGGCUCAAGUCCACCGGGUGGCUUUCCUAACACAUGGGGUGGUGCAUCCUACUGUUCAUCGGACCUCACUAUUCACAGAAAUGGUGAAGUCCACACUUGGGACAGAGGAUACGACGAGGAGGGGAAUCAGGUCUGGGGUCCGAAGACGGGUUCUUAUGAGUUUAAACCUGCAAGACUGUCAAACAACGGCGACAUGUUCUCACCUUUGGACUCCCGCCCUAUAUUUUCAUUGGAUAAGAUGGAAAGUUCUUUUGUAGUCAACGAACAGUAGCCUACAUAUAAUCCAAAUCAAAUAAUUCAUAUUUCAUUCUUACUCAUCUGUCUCAAAACCGGAUCCAACCUCGUCUAAUGCAUGAGAGUUGGUUUUCCAAUAAUGCUUUUGUGAAAUAGAAACAAUUCACAAUACUUUUUCCUCCAAAGCAGGCAAUGAGAAGCAGAGGAUAGCCCAUUUUGCAGGUGUAAAGAAGGCGGAUGAUACCACAUGAAUGGGUUGCCUUGUUAUGCUGGCGCUGAUGCUCUUCUCUUGCAUCGGCCCUCUUCCUUUGUUAUUGCAAUACUUGGGCUGUCCAAAUCUAAUCGGAUCAGCUGAUUAUUACCUCACUAUAUUUUGUAGCAGCAAUUGUCAUCGGUUAUUAGUAUCCUGUUUUAGUGUU